GAUUUAGGGAUUAACUCCGAUUUAAUAAAUAUCUUGAAAUCAGUUCGAACAGUUUCACUUUAAGUCGAGGGGGGAUUUGCAUAAGUGACAGAGAGGACUCUUAUGCCAUCUGUCAGUGUGCAAACCGUUAAAACUGUCAAAAGUUUUCCACCACUACAGCAAGUCCUGUUAAGCCCCAAAGAACACCCUCAAACAAUCCAAGAUGCACGAAAAAGGCAUAAUCGACAUGUUCCGGGGUACUGCUCCUCAGAUCGUUGCCGUACUGGGCAGUACAAUCGGAGCGAUAUCAGAUGGCAUGCACUACGGAUGGUCGGCACCCUUCACUCCCAUUCUGGAGAAGGAGGACAGCCACAUCAAGCUGUCACACUCUGACGUCACCUGGCUGGAGUCCAUCUAUCUUAUAGGCGGCCUGGCGGGCCUUCCGGUCACUAUUUACUCGGUGGACCGGUUGGGGAGGAAAGCCUCUAUAUUGCUGGCCGCCGUCAUUUCGCUCGUUGCCUGGAUACUUAUCGCCAUCGCCAAUAAUGUGAUAUAUUUGUACAUUGCAAGAUUUGCCGUGGGUUUAUCGGGAGACGUGGCCUUCGUGGCGGCCCCCAUGUACAUAGCCGAAAUUGCGGACCGUAAAAUCCGAGGUUUCCUCUCGGGAACCAUCUACGUGAUGAUGCUGGUGGGCAUCCUGGUGGUUUACGCCGUAGGCCCGUUCGCCCCAUUCUACACCUGCUCGAUCAUCGGCUCGGUAUUCGUCAUCAUUCAACUGGUGGCCUUCCCAUUCAUGCCCGACUCCCCUUACUACCUGCUGCAAAGGCACAAACCGGAAAAGGCGAAGAGACACCUGGAACGUUUGAGGACCACCGGCACCGUCGACAAGGAAAUGGAGGAGAUCACCACCGCGGUGGACCGGCAACGAAGCGAGAAGGGACGACCCCAGGACUUAAUCCUGAACAAGGGCAACCGCAAAGCUUUUAUCAUUAUGACAGUAUUAAAUGCCGCGCAGCAUUUUAGCAGUAUUAGCGUUAUGCUUAUGAAUCUCCAUUCGAUCCUGAAAGAGGCCGAAUCCGAGUAUAUCUCGUUCGAGAUUGCCGGGAUCAUGUUUUCGGCUUUUAUGCUGAUUGCGGCCACGAUUGCUGACUUCACGUGCGACAAGUUUGGUCGCAAAGGGUUGCUGAUCUGCUCCAGUUUGUUGAGUGGGGUGAGUCUGCUGGUGCUGGCGGUGUACUUCACCAUGAAGAACAACGGGUACGACGUCGGUGGGAUCUCUUGGAUACCUAUUGCGGCCGUCAUGGUGUACGCUGGGGUGUUUAAGUUCGGCCUAGGGAUCAUCCCUAUCGUAAUGACCGCCGAGCUGUUCCCUGCUAAGAUGAAGGCGAUAGGGAUGACCAUGGCGGACUUUGCUUACUUGUUCUUCGGAUUGGUAUCGGUCGAGAUGUACCAGAAACUGAUCGAGGUCUACUACUUGGAUUUGCCGUUUUAUAUAUUUGCCUCUACCACCCUUUUGACGGCGAUUUUCUCGUGGUUGUACAUCCCUGAAACCAAAGGGAAGACCUUGGAGGAGAUCCAGUAUAUGCUCAAAGGGGAGCCGAUCCCGGAAAGGAAGCCGAGCAACUACAUCGGAAACGGAUUGGAUGACACUAGUGAAAAAGACAUUAAACUGACUGAAAUUUCGCCUAAUAAUGUGGCUUAAAUUAAUCUCUUCGUCGUGCCUUUAAAUCUCAUGCUACUUUAGGGUUUUUUUUAUAUGCAAUAAGCACACAUCAAUUAUUGGUCCACCAGAGCCCGAUUUUUCGCAUGUUUACGCUUCAAAUUCUCUAAUAAUUUCAAAAUGAGCGAUUUGUUGUACCUGAUGUUGAAUCAAAAUCAAAUUUUAUUUUAAAACUGCCUACUGCCUUUCGGGGCUCUUUCAGGGACUUUUUUUUUAAUUGUUUCCAUUUACAACGAACCUGCUGCGAUGCGAGGAAUAAGCAAAUGUGAUACUGAAGUGGUGUCUGUAAUAAUAGGAUUCAUUGACUAUUUUUUAAGGUUCUUGUCGGUACUUAAUAAAGAAUAUAGUAUUGACCA